CUCUGCCUCAUGUUGACACUGUUAUUCAGAAGCUGCACACAGCUUGUAGUGCAGUGAGUCAGUCAGUCACUGUGGCAGUAGUGCUAUCGAGCGGCAGACAUAGAAGCCUCCUGUUGGCUUUCCCGAGGCUACUUUGUAACAAGUCAAGAGGUUUAUCACAAGAGUUUGGAGGGGGAGAAAAAGCCAAUUCAAACAGAGCAGCCCAUUUUUCUCCACUCCAAUGCUGCUCCUGGACGAAUCAGAGUCGUUCGCAGAUGAGUCUCACAGCGCCUCCUUCAGUUCCCAGAAUGAGGCACAGGGAGGCGACCUCAGGGAAUGGCAGUGCAUCCCUCCACCUUCUACCUCACCUGCAGGGGGGACGCCGGCCAAGCCUCCCCCCUCACAGCCUACUUCGAGACCCCACUCUGGGGUCGCCAGCCAAAGACCCACCCCUUCCUCCACGCUGACAGAAAAUAGAAAGAGAAGCUCAAAAGCGUCGCAUAUGAGACGUAAUAUUAGGAAGCUACUGCGAGAGCAUCAGCUGGAAGCCGUCACCCAAAGCGCUCAGCAGGAAGAGCUACAAAGGAGGCGACGUCUGAAUGACCAGCGAAAGCAAGAUUUCCCCAUACCGCCGCUGCCUGAAUGUGGAACCGGUGAUGUAACAAAGCAUGUGUCAUCAACAUCAUCAUCCCCGCAGCAGGAGGGAGGCAUCACCCAGGACUCCAGUAGCACUUUCCGAGACGUCAAGACCGACAUUUGUGCCUCGAACAAAGCAGGUACGAUAAAUCUGAGCCGAUGCGACGACAACGCCGUCAGCCGAGACCAUGAUAUAGAGCGCGAGCCGAGUGGCAUGCACGUCAACGACGACUUCAAUCGUCCGGACGACCAAGCGCGGGUGCUGGUCAACGUGAACCACCCGGCGACAGAAGAAGACAUUUUCCUCUCACCUCAACUGGCGCGGGCAGUAAAACCUCACCAGAUCGGGGGAAUUCGUUUCCUGUAUGACAAUCUGGUGGAGUCGUUGGAGCGUUUUGGAAGCAGCAGUGGAUUUGGCUGCGUCCUGGCCCACAGCAUGGGCCUGGGCAAAACACUGCAGGUCAUCUCCUUCAUUGACGUUCUCUUCAGAUACACCAAGGCACACACCGUGCUCGCCAUCGUACCUGUGAAUACGUUACAAAACUGGUUGGCAGAGUUUAACAUGUGGGUCCCAGAUGCUGAGGCCUUGACCCCAAAUAGCAACAAUGGCCCGGUGAGGCCGCGCACCUUCAAGGUUCACAUCCUCAACGAUGAACACAAAAACACAGCAUCCAGGGCCAAGGUGGUGGAGAGCUGGGCCCAGGAUGGGGGUGUUCUUCUGAUGGGCUACGAGAUGUACCGUCUGUUGUCACUCAAGAAGAACUUAUUUUCUGGGAGGAAGAAGAAGAGUAAGAAAACUGCAGGACCCGCCGUCAUCAACCUUGAUGAGGAGGACAGACAGCAGAAACUGCUCAAAGCUGUUGAGAGAGCUUUGGCCAGACCCGGACCUGAUGUGGUGAUUUGCGAUGAAGGCCAUCGCAUUAAGAACUGCCACGCCAGCACCUCACAGGCCCUGAAGAACAUCCGAACCAAGCGGCGCGUGGUCCUGACGGGAUACCCGCUCCAGAACAACCUGAUCGAAUACUGGUGCAUGGUGGACUUUGUUCGGCCCGACUUCCUCGGCACACGGCAAGAAUUCAGUAACAUGUUCGAGCGUCCGAUUUUGAACGGGCAGUGUGUGGACAGCACACCCCAAGACAUCCAGUUGAUGAGGUAUCGGAGCCACGUGCUGCACAGUCUGCUCGAAGGAUUCGUACAGAGACGAGGCCACGAUGUGCUGAAGGACCAUCUGCCAUCAAAGGAGGAGCAUGUGAUCCUGGUGCGUCUGUCGCCACUCCAGAGGGCUCUCUACACCGAGUUCAUGACCCGCUUCAGAGAGGCGGGAAACACUGGCUGGCUGAGCCUCAACCCACUCAAAGCUUUCUGCGUUUGCUGCAAGAUAUGGAAUCAUCCAGAUGUGCUCUAUGAAGCCUUACAGAAGGAAAACCUAGCCAGUGACCAGGAUUUGGACCUUGACGACAUUACCUCCGCGACACCAACCCGAUGUCCCUCAGCAGUAAAUCAGAAGGCAAAGGUCCUGGAAAACCCGACUCCUAUUGGAGGUCUGAGUCUGAACCAGUUGCAGGAUAAGGCCAAUCAAGUCAUCACUUAUGAAUGGGCAAAGGACAUCAUGUGCGAUUACAAGCCCGGCAUCCUUGAGAACUCUCCGAAAAUGGUACUGCUGUUCCACCUGAUUGAAGAGAGUGUCAGAAAGGGGGAUAAAAUCCUUGUUUUCAGUCAGAGUUUGUCCACGCUGACUGUGAUUGAAGAUUUCCUGGCUAAGAGACCAGUACCUUGUCCUGGCAAGACCUCCAGCCAAGAGCCACUUGGCCAGAACUGGGUCCGAAAUCUCAACUACUACAGACUAGAUGGAAGUACAACCACCUCUGAACGAGAAAGAUUAAUUAACCAGUUCAACGAUCCCAACAACACCUCAGCAUUUCUCUUCCUGCUGUCAACAAGGGCCGGUUGUCUGGGUGUAAACCUGGUCGGAGCCAACCGCGUGGUGGUUUUUGACGCGUCCUGGAACCCAUGUCAUGACGCCCAGGCCGUGUGCCGCGUCUACCGCUACGGUCAGAGGAAGCCGUGUCACGUCUAUAGGCUGGUGUGCGACUUCACGCUCGAGAAGAAGAUCUAUGACCGCCAGAUUUCGAAACAAGGCAUGUCCGACCGGGUGGUGGAUGAUCUGAAUCCUGUGCUGAACUUCACCAGGAGGGAGGUGGAAUCUCUUCUCCACUUUGCCGAAGAAGAGCCAGAGCUCCGCCAAGUGAAGUUGCAGCCUCAGGAAAGCAUCGACUCUGUCCUUGGAAAAGCACUGCAUCUAUUUUCGCACUUAAUCACCAAGCAACCAUUCCCCCACGAGUCUCUGCUCAUGGACCGCCGAGAGCUGAAGUUGAGCACUGCUGAGAAAAAGGAAGCAAAGAAAGGUUACGAGGAAGAGAAAAGGGCAUCCGUGCCAUACACACGCCCUUCCUACGCUCACUACUACCCAGCGAGUGACCAGAGCCUCACUAAUAUACCCGCCUUCAGCCAGAGAAACUGGCGACCGCCUCACACUAAAGAGAAGCCAGUGGUCAGUAGCGGACCUGACCAGUCGGCUCCGGUUCCCUCCGUGCCUCGCCAGGGCUCCGCUGGCUCGACUCCCACUUCCAAAGACUCAUCAGCGUCCGCUCUCGGAGGUUUUCCUGUCAAUUGCUUGCAAAAAGCUGGCGUGUUCGUGCAAAAGAUUGUCACUACUACAGAUAUGGUGAUUCCAGGCACAAACAGCUCAACUGAUGUCAAAGCCCGAAUCACUGCCGGAGAGAGCAUCCAUGUCAUUAGGGGUUCUAAAGGGACCUACAUCAGGACAUCUGAUGGCAGAAUCUUUGCUAUCAGAGCAGCUAACAAGGCUAAAAUUUCAGAUGAGACGACUGCAUCGCAACACAAAGAUCCCCAAGGCUCUACAGACGAACAGCAAACCCCUGGUACUAACGGCUGCCCGUCACCGAAGCGACAGCAGGCGGUAACUCCCGACGCUUUGCUUCGCUCCCUUUCCCCGGACGGCCCGGAGAUAAUCGGCGAGUUGCAGCGCUACGCGGCAAGUAAGGGAAGGCAGCCAGCGAGGGAUGAAUCGUGUGAAGAAAACGAAAGCUACCGUGGCGCCAAGAGGUCUCGUGUCAUCCCGCCGAACACGGAUGCGCAAGAUUUGAGGAUAAGCUCCAAGCGCAAAGCUUCUUCUCCCUCACCGGAUGAGUGGUCGAGCAAACGAUCGCAGGGUUUCCCUUACUACGGGCUCCCUCUGGGUUUUCACCCCGGCUUGCUCGCCGGCUCUCUGGGUCAACAGUCGCUCUACAUGGGGGCAGGCUCGCCUUUGUUCCACCCUUCUCAUCCGAUAUUAGGCGACUCCAAUUUUACGCCAGAGAUGUUCGCCUCGUCGUCGUCUUCUACCUUCGCCGAUGUCUCAUCUUCUUCAUCGCAGCCCUCCUCCGUCUCCAAAGCUUUGGCUCCGGGCCCCUUGCCGCCGUUCAUGCUGAGCCCCAGCCUGGCGGGCAUGGCGGGAAUGCUGCCGCCGAGCCUCGCCCUCUCAUACAGUCAAUCCAUGGCUAGCUUGUACCGAAGAUCGACGCUUCCCGAUCCGGCGGCAACUCCCGGUUCGGCGGGAGCGAGCUUUCUCUCACAGUACGCUCCGACUACCGGUUCCGGCGCAUCGUCCUCCUCCUCGUCCCCGUCGUCCUUUUCCCACUCUGAGGACAGAGCAAUUGCCAACGGCAGGAGUGUCAGCAGCCCCAGCAGCUCAGGUGACAGUGAAGAAGUCGUUGAAGCCAACGGCCUAUGAAAAGAUUGAAUCAGAAUGCUUCGGAAGAGGGUUCAAGUCCUAUAACAGGGGUGUCAAAUGUUUUACGCCUGUUUUAUUUUGACAUGCCAUAAAAGCGUAGAGUUUUGCGAUCGAGUGCGUGUACUCCUUAGGGGUGUGACAAUAUAUCACAAAGGUGAUAUAUCGCGAUACUUGGUAGCCCAAAAGGUUAUCGAUAUGCUAGGAAGCUUCACUACAACAGAAUCUGUCUGAGAAGUCUACUGCUUCAAAAUGGCGGCUGUUUAUUAACGCCGCCGUCUGUCAUCUCGCAUGUAGUUCUAGAAGCAUUUGAUAUCUAGGCGUAGAUUGUAGGCUGUGUGCUCCAGUCAGGGAAUAUUGGAGCCACCUAGCCUAGCAUCGCGUUUGCUACAGCGUUACAACACUCUUCUCUCUCCGUGUCUCAGACUUUUCUCGCGUCAUUCAACCAACGUAGUAACGCAUCGUAACGCACAUUGUCUCGUUGGCGAAACGGGGACAAAAUCCGAACGAGCAAAAAAAAAAAAAACGUAAUGCACGAAAAACAUACAGAUUUUGAACGUACGGCGUACACAUGUAAAUAUCAGUGUUCACUUGUACGAAUUACGCCAAAAUCGUACAACUUGACAGGUAUGCUUACCGAUGCAAUAUUUGAGUCGGGGAACAUUUCUUUUGCUAAUUCCGAGAAGUGAUCAGCAAUAGUUGCGGGCAAAUUGUGUUCGGCAACAAAUUGGCAGAAUGAAAUCUCCGCUUUCGUCACUUUUCAUUCUGCAGACUUCAUCUUUAUGACCAGUGUUGUUAAUCUUACUUUUAAAAAGUGAUUAAUUAGUUACAAAUUACUUCUCCCAAAAAGUAAAUGAGUUAGUAACUCAGUUACCUGAAGGUAAGAGUAAUUAGUUACUGGGCAAAGUAACUGGUGUUAUCUUUCAUGUUUUUUGUUGUUUUUAAAAAAAACAAAACAACAACAACAACAAAAACCCGGUAACCUGUGCUAUGUUCGGAAAUCGUUUAAUGUUGUGAAUUAACUGUUAAAGUUGUUAAAAUUGCUACCAUUUUUGCAUUAGUUCCCUUCUGUCUACUUUCAACAUGUUAAAGUUUUAAAAGUGUUUUAUCAAUUAAAGAUAGAUUCAAGUCAAGAUUUUGCCGAUUUAGGCGUAUUGUAGAUAAAAGUUACUUAGGUUCGCUAGGAAGCUUCACUACAACAGAACCUUUCUGAGAAGUCUACUGCUUCAAAAUGGCGGCUGUUUAUUAACGCCGCCGUCUGUCAUUUGGCAUGUAGUUCUAUAAGCAUUUGAUAUCUAGGCGUAGAUUGUAGUCAGGAAAUAUUGGAGCCCCCUAGCCUAGCAUCGCGUUUGCUAGAGCGUCAUAACACUCUUCUCUCUCCGUGUCUCUGACUUUUCUUGCGUCAUUCAACCAACGCAGUAACGCACCGUAACGCACAUUGUCUCGUUGCCGAAACGGUGACAAAAUCUGAACAGAGGAAAGAAAACGUAAUGCACGAAAAACGUACUGAUUUUGAACGUACAGCGUACACAUUUAAAUAUCAAUGUUCACUUGUACAAAUUACGCCGAAACCGUACAAUUUGUCUAUGAAACAGACCGUCAUACUGAUGUAGUGCUCCGUAGUUCGUAGUCCUUCAUCAAUCCAAAAUACAACCGACGUCGUGUUCGUUCUUGGCACCAGCACCACACUGUGAUCGUCUGCUAAUGCUAUCCUCAAAAUGCCAGUGUCUUGUCUACCGAUAGCUGUUUCACUAUUAUCCGACUCCAUCACUUGUAGCGUUAGCGUCCCAGCUGAUAGCAACAUGCUCCUGUUUGUUUGAUUUUCUAAUAGCCAAGUGACUUCACACUGGCUUUGAACGCUAAUAUUUCAGUGCUACUGACGGCGCUAGACAUCUACAAUUAGAAUGUUUGGCGAAAAAUAUAAAAUAUAAGUGUGGCUCGCGAACCAAAAUGAGUUUGACACCCCUGCUGUAGAAAACCUGCCCAUCCAUUCCUAUUCAUCACAUCUUGCUACUGAAAAUAACAAUUCAUUUUCAUUUUGAACUUCUAUCUUGCAAAUAUAAAGAAGACGGGACGAUGAGGUGACACUGCUAAAACCUUAAAACUCAACAGAAUGUAUGCUUCAUCAAAUGCCUUUGAACUAGGCCUUUACAAAAGAGGCAUAUGUCAUUGGAAGAUCCGUAUUUUUUUUGUUUUUGCAGUUUUGUAUUUGCCUGCACUCAGAAAAUGAGGAAAAACUCUCCUCGUAGCAGGGAAGCGAAACCACCGACGGAAAAUGCCUUUUCCAAUUUGUGAUUGUGGGCUGUGAGAGACUUAUCCGCAGUCUUACUGUAGCUUAGAAACAAAUGAUGCAAACACUCAUGCCUAGAUACUGUAUUUUCUUGGAACAAUACAAUUAUGAGCUUAGCCCAGAAAUUUCCAAGGUUGUGAAAUUCCGAUUUGCAACAGCAUUGCUGAGCUCUGACCGAGCUCAUAAUACAAUUUUGAGCUUAGCUCACAUUUUUAUACGAUAAUGAGCUAUGGCGAUUCGCUAGGUUAGGCCCCACUGGAUGCUUUCGUGAUGAUAAAUGUAAAAACUUCAAGGUUUUCCCAAAUAAAUAUUCUGGGGAAAAAUUAGAGAACUGUUGAAGUUAUAGAAAAUGUGCCUAAAUAAUGUUCCAUCUAAAUGUAACGCUCUGUACACCUCCAGGCAACUUUUAAUGUCAGAAAAGCUGACCAGAGGUGGAGUUGAGCCACUAGGGGGCGACCAAAACAUUACAAAUACAGGCAUGCAAUCAUAGGACAUGCUAAUGCAAUGACAAUUCCCAAGAUGCAUUUUACAGGGCAUUGGUGCAUAUUUUUAAGUACAAUUGUUUGUUUUAUUACUUUUCUUAGUGGCUGUUUCCUUCUGGUAACGCUCUAGUUCAUAUGAUGAGUUUCUAAUUCAUUAUUUUUACUUUUAUUUAUGCACCAUUAGUGAUGAGGGUCCGUUAACACAUCCCAAAGCAUCUUAGAGACACCUAGAGGUCAUUCUAAGCAUAGCCGCUGUGCUAAACUGUGACCGAGCCUUGAUUUAUAACCCAGCAUGCAUGCUGGCACACCAAUAUUUUACGAUAUUAUUUUGAAUGCUAUUAUUCGUCGAUAAUAUCGGACAAAUCUACUCAUAACUUAAUGGUAGAAUUUGGGGUUAAGAUCAUAGUCAUAUAAUAGGAAAUGCAGGUUACAGUGGUAUGAAAAAGUAUCUGAACCUUUUGGAAUUUCUCACAUUUCUGCAUAAAAUCAUCAAAUGUGAGCUGAUCUCUGUCAAAAUCACACAGAUGUAUAAACACCGUCUGCUUUAACUAAAACCCAAGAUUAAUAGGUUUUCAUAUUUUAAUGAGGACAGCAUGCAAAAAAAUGACAGAAGGGGGAAAAAUAAGUAAGACUGAAAGAGCAAUUCAAACCAAUUUUUACCAAACAUUUUAAAUCAGGUUUGAGCCCACUUACUGAUGAGUGGUUUAAAGCUGCCCUCCCCACUAUAAAACACACACCUGGUAAGAAAUGUCUUGAUGAGAAGCAUUGUCUUAUGUGUAUCAUGGCUCGAUCAAAAGAGCUGAACACCUGCGUUUAAGGAUUGAUUUGUAUAAAACUGGGAAAGGAUACAAAACGAUCUCUAAAAGUCUUCAUGGUCAUCAAUCGACAGUUAGAGAAGUCGUCUACAAAUGGAGAGAGUUUGGCACUGUUGUUUCUCUCCCAAUGAGUGGCCAUCCACCAAAGAUGACCACAAAAGUUCAUUGCAGAAUACUCGGAGAGGUAAAAAAGAACCCUAGAGUGCCUGCUAAAGACUUACAGAAAUCACUGGCACAGUCAUAUAUCUCUGUGCACACAUCAACUAUAUGUAAAACUAUGGUCAAGAAUGGGGUUCGUGAAAGGACUCCACAGAAGAAGCCACUGCUGUUUAGAAAAAAAAAAAACGUAGCUCGUUUAAUGUUCGCAAAAAGGCACUUGGACACACCACAUAAGUUUUUGCAAAAUAUUUUGUGGACUGAUGAAACCAAAGUUGAAUUGUAUGGGAGUAACACACAACAUCAUGUGUGGAGGAAAAAUGCAACAGCUCACCAACAUCAACACCGUGAAGCAUGGUGGAGGGAGCAUCAUGAUUUGGGGCUGUUUUGCUCCCUCAGGGCCUGGACAGCUUGCAAUCAUUAAUUGAAGAAUGAAUUCAAAAGUUUCAGGAUGCUUUGCCAGAAAACCUGAGGCCAUCUGUCGGACAGUUGAAGCUAAAAAGAGGAUGGGUGCUGCAACAAGACAACAAUCCAAAACACAGAAGUAAAUCAACUUCAGAAUGGUUUUAGAAGAAAAAAAUACACGUUCUGGAGUGGCCAAGUUCAAGUCCAGACUUGAACCCCAUUGAGAUGCUGUGGCAUGACAUGAAGACAGUGAUUAAUGCCAGACAUUCUAGGAAUCUGAGUGAACUGCAGUAGUUUUGUAGAGAAGAAUGGGCCAAGAUUAGUCCUGAUCGAUGUGCCAGAUUGAUUUGCAGCUACAAGAGGUGUCUGGUUGAAGUUUGGGUGCCAAUGGGGUGGCGGGGGGUGAGGCACAAAAUAUUAAAUGUGAUGGUUUACUUAAUUAUUUUUCCCCCUUCUGCCAUUGUUUGCAUGCUAUCCUCAUUAAACACGUGAAGUCCCGGGUUUUUUGGCUAUAAAAAUGACCAGAAGGGUGUCAGAUGACCCCAAUACCAAACUGACUACUUGGCUUUGUCAAACAAUAGACCUCUCAAACAAGCAAUCAAGCAGACAUCUACACACUCCUGUGGAGUCGCUGCCUAGGUGUGAAGGGGGGGGGGUUCACUCUGGAUAGUUGCAAUUAGCAUCUUGAAUAUUUGCAAAUCCAGGCCUCCUUUGGCUUUUUCAAACACUGAGAUGGCCAGUCGCCGUGUUCCACAAUAUGAUUAACAUGGCAGCACUGAAUGAAUAUGUGUUAUAUCAGGCAUGCACCGGAAGGCAAGAGAGAUGGGUGAAAUUCUUGGUAGGUCUUGCAAAGGAAUUGGCUCACUCUCAAGUGGGCGCAGAGAAGGAGCAGAAGGAAAAAUUGCUUCGGCAACAACCUCCAACACCUAGCCCCAGGAAAAGGGCGAAGUGUCAUAUGUCACCACAUAAAAAUGUUUUUGUUUUUUUAGUAGACCAUCCCUUGUAUAUAGUUUCUUUUGUGUUCUUUUUCACAUAUGACAAAAAAUGACUUGUGUUGUACAUCAUCAGUCAUCAGCAAUAUGACAAUUAUAGCUCCAUACAUACAAGAAACAGUGCAACUAAAUAUUCUGAGAGAUUGAGACCACUGUUGUUUCUCAAUGCUGUAAUGUCAGACAGUCCUCUGCAACAAAUCACCAGCAAAAAAAAGUGCUUUGAUAUCUUCCCAAUUUUGUCAAAUCUUGCACAAUUCGAUCACAUUAGACAGCCAUACUGAGAACUUACCAAACACUAAAACAAACACUAAAAAGGUUGUCCGCCCGAUUGCCUGCCUGAGCGGUCCACUGUCCGACAAAGCCAAGGCAGCCCUACCCUGCAAACACUCAAGAGGCUUAUUGGAGCAAUCCAACCCUGUGGUUUUGUGAGUCUGAAUGGAGAUGACUAAUGAGGACCUCAGUGCCUAAAGAAGAUAUGCUGAUUAGAGUCAGAUGACCCUUCUCUGGAUACAAAAGUGAUUUGUAUCAACUGAUCCACCCUUGAUAGUUUUAGUGUGAAAACCUAUAAAUGUUAAGGUGGUUUUAGUAAAAGCCGUUUUUUCAUCUUUGUGAUUUUGACAAAAAUCAAAUCACAUUUAAUGGUGAUUUUUGCAGAAAUGUGAGAAAAUCCAAAAGGUUCAGAUACUUUUUCAUACCACUGUAUAAUAUAUAUAUGGCGGAAAACACUUAGGUGACUUGACGUUCUGCUCUGAGACCCCCAAUUUGUCCAAAUUUCAAAAUUGUCCGAUUUGCACUUGUGAUACAUCAUUGGAAAGCUUAAAAUGUCAAUUUUCUGGCGGAAGAAAAUUUUUUAUAGGUGAGAGCACGCGAGAGCAGAAGUAAAGACGCCACGAUUUUAACAAGAUAUUAUCGCGUACUUACCUUGUUUCGAUCCAAAAACUCCAUGUAGCAUGUAUCAUCGAGUGUCAAGACACAGAUGUGAAUGGCCAUAGCCUGAUUUUUGGGGGAUUUUAUGGGGAAACAUGGUCAUAUAACAAGGGUCGCGAUGCAGAAAUCGCAGACAUCAGGGAAUGGUCGAGAUUUUCUUUUUCAUAUAUUUACCUUUUUAAACAUUUUUUUUUUUUUUUUUUUUUGGAUCGAUUAUUUAUCAUCCAACGUAUCGGAGAAACUGCUACAGUGACAAAAAAAAAAAUACAAUUAAGCAAUAGUUAUGAGGUGGCUAUCCAUGACUUUUUUACAGACACCAUUUUUUUUUUUUUAAUUGUGACGUAAUUUGUUUAAAAGUUUAAAAUCUGCAAGUUAAUAUUUUAGUCGUUUUUUUUUUUUUUUUUUUUUUUUUAACGAAAUAU